AUGAGUGUUCUCUACAUCCAUCUCAGCGGUUUCAUCUUCGCAGACAAGAAGGCAGAUGCCAAGGACAAGAUGUACAUCAUCAUCAAGAACAAUACCAACGGUGCAGCUAAGGCUUUCAACUUUACAUCUAAAAUGGCUUCAACGAUCAGAAAGUCAUACAACCUUAAGACUGCUUCAGGCAACAACCAGUCAAUCACAAUCCAGCUUUUCAGCAAAAAUCUUUUCAAAGAUGAAAUGAUCGGUUAUGGUGACAUCCCAUUAAACUCCUUACCAGUUGAUAAGUGCACCCGCAACAACUUGGUCCUUACACCAGUCAACAACCAGACAAAGCCGAUCGUUCUCCGUGCUAUAAUGCACCUUGCCCAAAACUGCAAGCCAUACAAGUGCGAGAUGGCCGAAUCUCAGCUCCUACAGAUUGAUCUUUCUGUUCUCAAGUUCUACAAGAAAGAGAGAGCCGAGAAGAACGUUAACGUUUCUUCAUCUGACUGCCCAUUUGAUGAAGAUUCUAUUGAUUCUCCACUUUUUUCUCAAGUUGUAUUCUAA